AUGUCUCUGAGUGCUGCCAUGGACAACCCUGCCAUUCCAGCCAUUGCGCCCAGCGCUGCCCAGCGACGCGGGCUCUGGAAGCAGCUGGAAGAGGAGGUGAGUCCGAUCAGUACCCGGGCCGAGACCGUGGACGAGGAGGCUGCUCCCGCGAGACUGCUUUGCCAGGAUGCACCAAGUGAGCCCUCGAUCGCUGACAGCUCCAGCGAGUGCAACGAAGAGACGACUGAAGAAGCUGUUGAAAGUCCCGCGAUUGAACUGUCGCGUGAGAGGGCACUGGCGCUGCAAUUGGAGCUCAUGGCUGCCUACGGCUCGCCGGCGUUCCAGAAACAUCUUCACGAGCUUGGCCGAAAGCAUCAGCCGCGCUCAAACGGCUUCCGCCAGGAGCGACACAAGUUGAUACGUCGGGCUCAAGCUGCAGUCAUCCCGCGUUACGGUUUCGACAGCUCCGCCGAGGGUGUCGAGCUGAUGAUGCGUGCGUUCGCAGUCUUCGAGACGGAUCCAGAUAUCCAGGUCAAUGCCGAAGCCAUCAAGGAUCUACUGUCCGUAGAAGCACCGGCACCGCUUGAGGAGGAAAGGAGGAUGGUCCAAAAGCCACUGACCAAGUUCGUGGUCGUCGACCUGCUUCGGGCGCAAUUUGUCGAGUUCAGCAAGGCACCCUUCCAGGCCGACGUCAGGAGCCUGAAGCAGCACGCCGACAUCACCAGCGGCAGAGUCACCCGGGAUAGAGCCCGAAGAGGUGGCAGGGAGGAUGGCAAGGAGGAUCCCGACGGCUACUUCCACCUCAAGGGGCGUAGCGAGCUCGCCUUCAUUGUGCAGCAAGUGCUGCUGCCAGAGUACGGGUUCGCUCCUACGAAGGAGGGCGUAUUGGAAAUGAUCCGCUGCGGCCUCAGACUUGAGCUGCUACUGAACUGA